ACACUUUCGAACAGAGAAUUUUGUAUAUACAAUUCCACUAAGCAAAAUAAAAAAAUCCACUUAUACAACUGCACUUAACAAAACUACACAAGAUGGAGGAACUAUCGCCUGAUGAGCAAAUGAUGCUUAGGGAUACCUUCCACAUCUUGGACAAGGAUAACGAAGGCGCCGUCACCGCCAAGGAGAUGGCGGUUGUGAUCCGCGCCCUCGGUCGUCAGCCCAACGACUCUGAAGUACAGUGCAUGAUCAACGAGGUGGACUUGGAUGGAAAUGGGUCCAUCGAUGCUCCGGAGUUCUCCAAUUUGAUCCUGCGCAAGAUGCGAGACACAAACCACGAGGAUGAACUGCGCGAGUCCUUCCGCGUUUUUGACAAGGAGAACAACGGCUAUAUUAGCACCACCGAGCUUAAGAAUGUGUUCACGGCACUGGGGAUUAAUAUUGGCGAUGACGAGCUGGAGGACAUAAUACGCGAGUACGAUCUAGAUAUGGACAAUCAUAUUAAUUACGAGGAGUUCGUGAAUAUGAUGACCACGCGAUAGCCUCCAUGCGGUAUGUUAUAAUUAGCUUUGGCUUAUUUGUCAUUAUAUUUUGUCGAAUUAUUGUUACUGAAGUCGACAUCAAACAAGCAAAAACAAAACAUCGUUCCAACACAGAAACAAAAACAAAA